AUGACUCCAAAGUUGUCGCUGGUAAUCAUGUUUCUGAUGUCUCCGAUUGGUAUCCUCAACGCCAGCAGCCAAUGUCAAGCAGGGGAACACUCUAUUGAUGGGAUGUUCCUCAGAGGUCAUACAUUUAUGACGUAUCCGGUUGGGUUGCCUGAAAUGUGUUAUUUCCGGUGUGAGGAAGAAGUCACGUGUCAGAGCUACAAUUUCGUGAUUGCUCAAAGGAUCUGUGAACUGAACAAUCGUACAAAGGAAGCAACACCGGAAGAUUUUAUGCCGGAUCAGAGGAGAUAUUAUAUGAAACGCUCGCACAAUAGAGGUACCCCUUUACUUUUGUUUAGUAGUUUCGCCUACUCGUUUCUUAGUAUGGAAGUAUUUUAAUCCGUUAUAUUACAAUCACAAUUGCUAAAACCUCAGAUUUCAGGCGUAUACAGAAUUUAAGAUACAUAUUUCUAUGAAGGACCUGUAGAAGACCUUGAAAGACCUUUCAUUGUUGUUGUCUUUCAUCUUAACUACUUCAUAAUCAAAUAGAAUUACUGUAGCACAGUUUUCAUUUCUUCCUGCUUUUACAUGGUUAGCAAAGGGGGAAGCUUUCUUCUUUACCUUGUUAUUUCCAUGCCAAAAAAAAUCAGAUGCUCAAGUCAUAUCAGGAGGUAUCGAAUUGCAUGAUGGUGUAAACUACCUAUUUGUAAUUCGUUUUUACCGACGCAGUUCCCCUCGGAUCCAUCAAAGAACUUCCAGCGGAUACCUGCGGUGAGAUCAGAGCGAGUGAAGGCGAAGAGAUGAUUGACGGAAUACACUGGAUUUACUUUGAAGAGAAUGGCGAGGUCAUCGAGGCUUAUUGUAAAGGUAAAUUGUUUUACUACAUUGGUGGACUCAAUCAUCCCUCCACUGCCUCCUUAAAUUCACCUUUUGGACUUUAUAUUUCGCGUGUAGUAUCACGUGACUUUUGAUGUAAACAAACCCCGAAAGUUCAGACAUUGAGUCGAGCUCGCAGCACAUGUGUCCAAACUUCGGCCUUGGAAAUUUUUCUCGAGGUAUCGUGAAUCGUUUUUCAAGUGCCAUAAGCUCAUCUCUUUGUCGUAACCAUUAUGUUUAGGUAUACAUUUACUAAACAACUGCAAUCGUACACGUUCAUAGAGUUGAAAUCGGUUUUAUUUUUGGGAAUGAAGGCUUCCUCACGUCCUACAGCGAUUCGUGGGCACUAAUUUCCUGUCGGACGGGGAUUUAUCUGACAAUCUACGCACUAAACACCCUGAAAACACCUGAUCAGAUACAUCACUGUACGCAGAACUAGUUCGAUUAUUCCAUGCCGCAACGCUUCCUGUAACAUUCUUCGCAUCUGCUUCAACGGCAGCGAAAUGACAACUUGCUUAAUAAACGAUCAAAUAAAUGCCAAAAGAAAUAUGUCAAUUUUGAGCGAAGAGACGCUUCUUGAAAGUGGGAAGUUAUUUAAGAAAAAUUUCCAAAGCCGAAGUUUGGACACAUGUGCUGCGAGCUCGACUCAAUGUCCGAACUUUCGGGGUUUGUUUACUAAUCUAAAGCCCAAAAGGUGAAUUGAUGUGUUGUUACAUGCCGACAUAGGUAUUUUUUAAAAUAUUAAUCUCGCCGCGGUGUUCUGCAAAAAGGUUAGGAACAAUGAUAAUGGCUUUGUUUUGGUGAUAACGCUGAAAUAUAAACAAACCCGGAGAAGGAUGAAUGAAUUAGACAUGAAUUAUUCUCUCCCUCACACGAAAUUGUUUUGAUCGUUCAAUGAGUUGGACAAUCACUGAAUUAAUUAUUCAGUUACCCCUUUUAUCACUGGAACAUAUCUUGCAAAUGACUUUUAGUUACCAUUAACCACAUAAAAUAAAACUAUCAAGAUUCACUACCUAAAUUAUUAGUGUAUUACAUUAUUUCAGAGGGCUGGCAAAAAAUAAAUGGUGAAGUGCCUGUCUGCUUUGGAGCCAAAGAUAACGAGUAUGGCGCCUUCAACAUGACAAAAAGUGGACGAGUGAAGACAAUGAAGCUUAUUCACAGGUCAGGAUCGGUGCACUGCAACCCUACGACUGGUGCAUCCUACUGGGGUUGCACUCAUUCACGAUACCAAGGAGACUUGACGACAAUCAUCACGGAUGUCGAUAAGAAACCUGUCUUGCCGCCUGCUUACGACCUGAAGGAUUUCGGAGGACCAGAAGAAAAACCCCACUUUUACAGUCUUCCUGGAUAUCAUCAUAAUUCAACUGAGCUCGUUUUUCGUACCCUCGUCAAUCCACUGUCUGUUUCGAACAAUCAAGAGAUGCAGAUUUGGUACGGACCGGAUAUGGUGGAUCGUUACGAAGAGAACAACAGUGGGAAAACUUGUGUUGAUGUAUAUGCAUUUUAUGUGUGAGUUUGCCCAUUGAAGACCUUGCCUUCGUUGAUUUCAAAACUGACUUAAAAAGAGAAAUUAGAUUAUGAACCAACGCUUGUCAUGUAUACUAACACAGUAAACAGUUACAUUUUAAGAAAGAAAACUUACGAUUUAAACAAGACGGAGAGAAAAUC